CUACCUCUGUGCCCGCCAAUCAUGCUGCUGCUGCUGCUGCUGCUGCUGCUGCGGCUUCUGCUGCUGGGACCUGGACCCGGACCCGGCGCCGCCUCCAGGAGGUCACAUGUGCACCGGCGUGGGAUCCUGGAACUGGCGGCGACUGUGAAUUGUGUUGGCACCCGAACCCCCAUCGCUUACAUGAACUAUGGCUGCCAUUGUGGCCUGGGUGGCCAUGGCCAGCCCCGGGAUGCCAUUGAUUGGUGCUGCCGUCGUCACGACUGCUGUUACAAUCGUGCUGAAGAGGCUGGCUGCAGUCCCAAGAUAGAGCGCUACUCCUGGCAGUGCGUCAAUGACAGCAUCCUGUGCGGACCAGCAGAGAACAAAUGCCAAGAACUCUUGUGCAAGUGUGACCAGGAGAUUGCUUACUGUUUAGCCGGGACUGAGUACAACUUAAGACUUCUCUUCUACCCCCAGUUCCUAUGUGAGAAGGACUCGCCCAAGUGUGACUGACCAGCUCCACUGCACAUUCUUUCAAACAGGAAAUAAAG